CUUGGUAAAAGCAGUAAACAGUCGGAGGAGAUUCGUGUGUUUGUGUUGUUGGAGACAGUAGUGAACAUGACUGCUGAUAAACUGGAGUUUUUAAACUCGUUUUUCUCUCAGCGGCUGCUGGCGGCUGCUGGAGAGAUAUUCCAGGUGGUGAAGGACACGAUUACUGAAUACCAGCAGGAAAUAAACCGGAUUAAUCAGGAAAACCAGAGUCUGAAGAUAAGGCUGAGGGAGAGGAGUGGGAACAAUGAAGCAGAUGAUCAGUCCAGUCAAGCUGUUCCUAUGGAUGUACCAAACUAUAGCCAAGAACACCUGGACACCAAGCCCUCAAUCAUAAAUGUGAAAGUGGAACUCUCCACCACUUUGCACCCGGAUGCUGAAUCACAGGAUCCAUCACAGGACCCGUCAAAUGAUCCACCGUCAUCCUCAUCUUGUUCUCCAUAUCCAGAAUCCGUGGACUGUACAAUCAUCUGCAAGGAUGAAGCUCCAGAGAUCAAACAUGAAAUAGUUGAGAAUUAUCAUCAUUUAAAAGGUCAAAGCACUUCUUCUCAGUGUUUGAUAUCCCCGGCUGAAACUCUCUCCCAGACUCAGGCUGGUGAACCGGUGGUUUAUUGUGAGUUCUGUGGAAAGCCUUUUGAUACUCGUGAGCAGCUUAAGCAGCACCUCGUUAUCCAUAGGGACGAACGUCCCAGGCCGUAUCGCUGCGACCUGUGUGAUAAGAGCUACAGCUAUGCCCAAGUGCUGGAAACACACCGUAGAACUCACACCGGAGAGAGACCAUACGACUGUCGGUUCUGUGGGAGACGCUUCAAUCAGAAAUGUCACCUGAAGUACCACGAGAAAAUUCAUACCGGUGAAAAGCCGCACAGCUGUUCGCUUUGUGGAAAACGAUUCAUUCAGAAAAGUCAAAUGAAAAGGCACACCUGUAACCCUUAUGAAACUGCGUUCAGGCAGUCAGGCAAGCCACCAAGCUGCAAAUGAAUUUCAGUAAAUAAAACAUGAACCGUAAUGAAUGCAGUUAUAUUAGCAUCAUAUAGAAUGGUGUACUGAUUGUGCUUAUUAAGUCAGACCUGUAUGGGGCAGAGCAAGAAGGUAAAUACAGGAAAGAAAAUAAGUCUGUAUUCUGGACUACUGCAGAUUUUUCUACAGGGAGCAGCAGAAGAGAUGGCAGAGUAAUCACGAAGCUACAAUUUAAAAAAUAUUAAUUAAUCAUCCCAUCAGACAUACUAAUGCCUGGUCCACACUACAUAAUCUUAGAUAAUAUUAUCCAAUGUUGAAAACAUUAGACAUAAAGACAUUUUUCAUGCUGAUAUACACAAAAGUGAAUACCCUUUAGACAUUAUCGACUGUAUGUUGAGUUAUUUAGAGGGCACACAGCUGUACACUGACUACUUUACAUAGUAUCAAAGUUUCAUAUUUUCAGUGUUGUUCCAUUAAAAUAUGUGAUGGGUGUACUCUACUGUAUGUUCUAUUCACUUACAAUAAACAUUUCAAAUAGCAGGUAUGAAGGUGACAAUUUAAAUUCAUCCUGUAUAGGCAGGGUUUGUACGGUCAUGAAAAACCUGGAAAAGCCAUGAAAUUUUAAAAUAGAAUUUCCAGGCCUGGAUUUGUUUUGGAAAAAUAAAAAUAGCCAAAAAGUUUUGGAAAAGUAGUCUCACAAUUACAUCAGCUCAGAAUUAAUUCAGUAAUUUAGCCCUACACAAUAGAGCUCUCAGGAUCUGACAUUUUUAUCAUGAAAGAUUCUGUGUCAGAUUCAUUUUAGGUCUACUAUAAGCAAUUUCGAUUAUAGUUUUAGUUGAUUUUUGGUUUUAUUGUGUACUAUUUUUAAAAAUUGUAUGGUCGUGAAAAUUUGCCUUGAAGGCAUGGAAAGGUCAUGAAAAAAUCAUAGAAAUGUAUUGGUAUGAUAUUGGUAUGAACCCUGGUAGGUAAGUCUCAGCUUUCAUUAGCAGACAGUCUUUCAGUUAUCAGGUCAGAGUGGAGCUCCACUCCACACUACAGAGUCAUACAUGUUAAACAUGUUUCAUCCAGUUUAAAGUUCUCUGUUCACUCUCUUAUGUCUCCUCCUGAAUCAUCAUAUCACUCAUGGUAUGGUCUGAACUUGCCUGGCAUAUGUUUGAAAUGGUUUAAACAAAGUUUAGAAUCAGAAAAUAAAUUGUUUUGGUUAUUUUUUUACUUUUCAGUUUUUGUUGUCUUUUCUGUCAGUUGUUGAAAAAGUUGUAUAAAUAAAUAAAAGAUGCUUGACUUCUUUAGACA